GCAAUUACUUUAGGAUAGCAAAAGAUUGAAGCAAGUAAUUAAUCAAAUCUAAACGCAGAGAGCCGAGCACAAAACCGCUAGCAGCCAGUGCUUGUGUGCAGCUCCGCCCCUCUCUAGGCGAAGCCACUAAGCCUGACCCUUCCCGCGACCGGUCGUGAGGCGGAGCGAACGAGAGCGGGAGGCUUGGCGGGUAGUGCUGCGCUAUGGAACCGGACGGGACCUACGAACCGGGUUUCGUGGGUAUUCGAUUCUGCCAGGAAUGUAACAACAUGCUUUACCCCAAGGAGGACAAGGAGAACCGCAUUUUGCUCUACGCGUGCCGGAACUGUGACUACCAGCAGGAAGCCGACAACAGCUGCAUCUACGUCAACAAAAUCACGCACGAAGUGGACGAACUGACCCAGAUCAUCGCCGACGUGUCCCAGGACCCCACGUUGCCGCGAACCGAGGACCACCCGUGCCAAAAGUGCGGCCACAAGGAGGCGGUAUUCUUCCAGUCGCACAGUGCCCGUGCGGAGGACGCCAUGCGCUUGUACUAUGUGUGCACCGCCCCUCACUGCGGCCACCGCUGGACCGAGUGAACCACCCUCCCCCUCGUGGAAUAAAUGCUGUGUCCUGUGA